AUGCCAUCCGCCUACAAAUCUAAAAAGAAGAAGAAGAAGUCAUCAAUUAAACCCCUUUUUAAAUGCGCUCGGUACAGCGCCAAGAUCGAGCUGAAGCGCCAGGGCGUGUCCGUGGCCCAGCGGGUCAUCGAGUACUUCUCGGACGGCUCCAGCAGCACCUUCGCCGUGUCGUUCGACUACCCGGUGCAGAUCGAGCCCGACACCUUCUACACCGCCAGCGCGGUGCUGGACGGCAACGAGCUGAGCUACUUCGGCCAGGAGGGCGUGACGGAGGUGCAGUGCGGCAAGGUGACCUUCCAGUUCCAGUGCUCCUCGGACAGCACCAACGGCACCGGGGUGCAGGGGGGCCAGAUCCCCGAGCUGGUCUUCUACGCCUGAGCGGGGCUUUUAUUUUGAAGGGGCGAAGACGAUUCUCCGAGGAGGGAGGGACUCGCGACUUUGCCCCGCUGAGCCUCUGGAGACGGUUUGAUGGGAGCGUGAAGAAGUCUGGAAGCUCCCGUUCCUUCACGCCUCUGUUGUUGUUUGUUUACAGCGGUUGUCGAGGUCGGGUCAACACGGCGGUGAUUGGAUGAGACGCCCGGGCAGGACGCUCCGUGUCUCGGCUAAAGCCGUGUGUCAGAUACCCGAGAACUCAAAGUGAAAAUGUCAUAUUGGAACAAAGCAUUCCUGACCGAAGACGCCCAGAGAAGGAAGGGAGAGUCACGUGUAACUGCACAUUUAUUCAUGGUGUGAUGGUACAUUAUGAUCAUAAUCCCACAAAGACACACACACACACACACACACCAAUCUCUGCAUUGCUUUGUGCUGAUUGGCUGACCUCGUGUGAGGAGGCGGGGUCUGAAUCUGUCUGUCUGUCCUUUUGUCACGCUCAAUGUUCCUCAUGAUUAAUCUGUUUACUUUGUUGAUAUUAUUAUUA